AUGACUUCGCUUUUUGGAAGCUACUACCUGCACUCUCGCCACACUCCCCCGCAUUAUAAAACUCAUUAAAGACCUUCUAAUCAGAACUGCUUUUAGGGUUUCUUCUCUGCAAGUAAGUAGCUCAAUACCACACACAUCAACCCAGUGAAAUGGGAUUGGGAUCCGCUAAUGGCUGCAGGUAAGCUACAACCUUGACCUCUCCAAACUCACCUUCUACCCCUUCUGUUUUUCUCAGAUCCCUGGCUUGGGAUUCAUGUCAAAACCAGAGAAAGAAUCGUUUGUUUGAACACAAAGUCGUCUUCUUUUUGUUUUUGGGCCAAAUCAGAGUCAAUUUUUGGUUGCCAUGCACAUGUUGCUGCUAAAUAGCAAUGGGUUUAUCCUAAAUGCAAGAAAAAAUGGCUACGUUGCUUGCUUCCACCAAGAAAAAAUGAUUUAAUGUUGAUCUCAGAGAAAGCAGAGGAAGUGGUUUCUUGAGCCAUCGUAGAUUGCACUGUGAUUGAUUCUGGGAAGUUGAGAAAAGUGAUGUUUUUUUCAGCAUGCCCAUUUCCUAGAAUGCCUAAGAUUAGAUUCCAAACCAAACAAAAAGAUGGUUCUUCGGACCAGCCUUCUCUCUCUUAUCUGCUCCCUUAUUCUCUCUCUUCCUCUUCUGCAUCUCCUUCUUCGCUAUCUCCUUACAGCGACAAUUACCCAAAAGAUUCAACUCCGGCGGCAUCAUCAGGAAGUAAAAUAAGCCCAGCUGUUCUUUUCAUCAUAGUGAUUCUAGCUGUUAUAUUUUUCAUCUCUGGUCUGCUCCACCUGCUUGUUCGAUUUCUCGUAAAGCACAGAUCUUCGUCUUCAAUCUCUCAAUCCAACAGAUACCCUGAAAUGUCUGGGCCUCAUGCUUUCCAGAGACAGCUGCAACAGCUCUUCCAUCUUCAUGACUCGGGGCUGGAUCAAGCUUUCAUAGAUGCUCUUCCUGUUUUUCUAUACAAAGAGAUAAAGGGCCUCAAGGAGCCGUUUGAUUGUGCAGUUUGCCUUUGUGAAUUUUCAGAACGGGACAAGUUGAGAUUGUUGCCCCUUUGCGGCCAUGCUUUUCACAUUGACUGUAUAGACACAUGGUUGCUUUCGAAUUCAAGUUGCCCUCUUUGCAGGGGGACCCUCUUCACUCCUGGGCUAGGCAUGGAAAGCCCGUUGUAUGUUUUGGAAGAUUCAAGAGAAGAAGAUUGCUUUCCUGGCAAUGGUGGAGGUGGGGCUGAGAUUGUCGGUGACAAGAGAGUUUUUUCUGUGAGGCUUGGCAAAUUUAGAGGCUCAAAUGAUGAUGAAGGAGGAGAUAAGAGAGUGGAGGGAGAGACUAGUAGUAGUAAUUUGGAUGCAAGGAGAUGUUUCUCAAUGGGUUCAUUUCAAUAUGUUGUUAGUAAUUCAAAUCUCCAAGUGGCCUUGUGCCACACACACACUACAGCAGCUGCUGCUGCUGGUAGUAUUGAUGGCGGUGAGGUGAAGCUUGGGGGAGAGAGAGGUGAGCCCAAUGGUAAUUCUUCUUCCAUUGAUGGGGAUGCUGAGGGUAAGAAGAUUAACAUUGGAAGUAAAGGUGAAAGCUUUUCUGUUUCCAAGAUCUGGCAAUGGUCUAAGAAGGGUAAGUUCCCAAGUCCUUCAGAUACACAUCUGAGCAGUUCUUAUGUUAAUAUGGGUUUGUCAUGGCUUGAUAGAACUCAAGUUACAUGAAUAUAUUGAUCUAGUGUUGUAAUUUCUUUGUUGAUUAAUCCAUUUACGCCCAUUAAUUGAACCUUCUUUUUUCUGCGCAA